AUGGAGGAGAGGAGGGGUCUCCGAACACCUAAAUCCUCAACAAUUACAACAACAACAACUAAAAUGACCACAAAAUUUCUCAUUUUAUCGCGCAAAUUAGAUGAAGAAGUUUCCAUAUUUGAUUCUCCUCCACCACCCGGUAGUUCUAACUCGUAUCCACCGCCUCCGACAACCGAUUCGUCUCCACCACCGCCUCCACCGCCGCCGCCGCCACCGCCGCCUGAUGAUCAAUCUUCUCCCCCGCCGCCGGAUAAUAAUAAUAAUAAUAAUAACGAGAGUCCUCCUCCACCAAAAGGGUCGUCAAAAUCAAAGCAUUCGCCUGUCCAUAAGUCGCCGUCGUCUGGCCACGGUGGCUCGUCCGAUGAUCAUGGAUCGUCGGGUAAUGAUGCGGCGGUUAUCGCCGGUGUUCUUAUUGGAGUGGGGAUCUUUUUGAUUUUGAUGUUUGUGCUGAUAUGUUGCUGUUGUAGAAAGAAAAGGAAAAUGAAGGAUCAUGAUCAGAUGAAAUAUUACAGCCAAAAUUCAGACGGCAAUAAAAUGGGUUUUAACUACAGCGAUCAAUACCAACAAGGAAAUAACUGGAACUCCUCAUCAAAAGACAUGCCAUACGGAAUCCCACCGCCGCCUGGCCACGUCAGCUCCGAGCAAUGGCCGGCGGUGCCACCACCACCUCCGCCAGGAAUGGGCAGCAGCGAGGUUGGUUCAACCGGUGGGUUCUCCUCCGGUCCAAGAAUGACAGCCCUGCCGCCGCCUCAUCCUACCGUAGCUCUUGGUUUCAACAAGAGCACGUUUAACUACGACGAGCUUGCGGCGGCGACAGGGAAAUUUGCUAGGGAGAACUUACUUGGACAGGGUGGAUUUGGGUAUGUUUAUAAAGGUGUGUUGCCUAAUGGUAAAGAGAUUGCGGUUAAGAGUUUGAAAUCGGGAAGUGGACAAGGGGAAAGGGAGUUUCAAGCGGAAGUGGAGAUUAUUAGUAGGGUUCAUCAUCGUCAUCUUGUGUCUUUGGUUGGAUAUUGCAUUGCAGGAUCUCAAAGGAUGUUGGUUUAUGAAUUUGUUGCUAAUAGUUCACUCGAACAUCAUCUUUAUGGAAAAGGAGUUGCUGUAAUGGAUUUCCAGACAAGGCUAAAGAUUGCUCUCGGAUCGGCGAAAGGGUUUGCUUAUCUUCACGAAGAUUGUCAUCCAAGGAUUAUCCAUAGAGAUAUUAAGGCUCCUAACAUUCUUCUUGAUGAAAAUUUUGAAGCUAAGGUGGCAGAUUUUGGAUUGGCUAAGCUCUCUAAUGAUACCAAUACGCAUGUAUCCACACGAAUUAUGGGAACCUUUGGGUACUUAGCUCCAGAAUAUGCAUCAUCAGGAAAGCUAACCGAUAAAUCUGAUGUUUACUCAUAUGGUGUAAUGCUCUUGGAACUGAUAACCGGAAAACGCCCUAUUGAUAUAACAAGCGAUAACGAUGAUGACACCUUAGUGGAUUGGGCUAGGCCAAUCCUAUCAAGUGCCAUGGAGGGUGAAAGCUACGAUGAAUUGGUGGAUCCGAGACUCGAAGGAAGAUACGAUCCCCAUGAAAUGAUGCGAAUGGUGGCGUGUGCUUCCGCUUCAAUCAGACACUCUGCUAGACGGCGACCAAAGAUGAGCCAGAUUGUGCGAGCACUAGAGGGUGAUGUAUCAUUGGAGGCAUUGAAUGAAGGGAUGAAACAUACAAACAGUUCCAUGUCUUUAUCAACUGCGAGCUCCGAAUACGAAACAUCGGAAAUGAAGAAGCUAAAAGGGACUGGUGCAAUUUCUAGCCAAGAAUUCUCAAGCAGUGGAGAACAAGGAAAUACGGGUGAGUUUGGACACCCUUCUCCUACGGGUUCUGUCCAAUCUCAAGAAAUGCGAUCUAAUGUGGGACGAAAACAAAGUCCACAAGGCUUCUAUUAGUAAUACCAGCAAAGA